GAUUCCCUAUCUUGGACCUGAGGCUGCUUUCUUGAAGAAAACUUGACUUUAUUUCAUUUAGUGGGAAGAGCAGCAGCCCAGCUAUUAAGUUCUAGUAUGCAAUAGGCUGCAGGCUGUGAAGUGUUUGUGGCAGUAGACUCUGAAGCUAAGGAGCUGAGGGCUUAACAAGUUUCUAGAAGCUGCCAUCAACAUGCCAAGUCAGUAAAACUUGAAAGCUGGUCAGAUUUCAAGGUCUUGGGAGGAUAUGCAAUGCGUACUGGGUCUUGAGCUCUAGAGAGCUAGGCCUUGCUAAAAUAAAAGAAUUACCUUACCUACCAUCUUUGUUCAAGGCUCAAUGGAAUUUGUGACGGCCCUGGCUGACCUCCGAGCAGAGGCUAGCUGUCCCAUCUGUCUGGACUAUUUGAAAGACCCAGUGACCAUCAGCUGUGGGCAUAACUUCUGUCUCUCCUGCAUCAUUAUGUCCUGGAAGGAUCUACAUGAUAGUUUCCCCUGCCCCUUUUGCCACUUUUGCUGUCCAGAAAGGAAAUUUAUAAGCAAUCCCCAGCUGGGUAGUUUGACUGAAAUUGCUAAGCAACUCCAGAUAAGAAGCAAGAAGAGGAAGAGGCAGGAAGAGAAGCAUGUGUGUGAGAAGCAUUUGUGUAAGAUGCAUAAUCAGGUUUUGAUUUUCUUCUGUCAGAAAGACCUAGAGCUUUUAUGUCCAAGGUGCAGUUUGUCCACUUAUCACCAGCAUCACUGUGUUUGGCCCGUAAAGAAGGCUGCCUCCUAUCAUAGGAAAAAACUGGAGGAAUACAAUGCACCGUGGAAGGACAGAGUGGAACUAAUUGAAAAAGUCAUAACUAUGCAAACCAGAAAAUCACUGGAACUGAAGAAAAAGGUAAAACAUAGGGCAGAAGAAGUCAAGUCUGAAUUUGAGCAACUUAGGUUAUUUCUCCAAAAUGAGCAAGAGACUGUUCUUAGGCAAUUGCCAGAUGAAGAGAUGGAUAUUUUAGCACAACUAAAUGAAAGCCUAACAAAAUUUUCAGAUUAUACCUCCUUAUUAAAAUAUCUACUAAAGGAGACAGAGAGCAUGUUUAAAUCAGAACUGGAAUUACUGGCAAAUGUUAAGGAUAUCUAUCACAGAUAUAAAAAUUUAAAAUUCCCUGAGCUGUUCUUAUUCAAAUUAAAAGAAUAUGGUUACCAUCUGCCUCCACAAUAUUCUGGCCUAGACAAAAUUAUCAAGCGAUUUCAAGUAGAUGUAAUUCUAGAUCCUGAAACAGCACAUCGUAAACAUAUAGUCUCAAAAGAUAGAAAAACUGUGCACUAUGGAAAUACAACACAAAAUGUACCUCAUAACCCAAGAAGAUUUUAUCUCCUCCCAGCUGUUCUGGGUUCUAAGGGAUAUAGUUGUGGCAGGCAGUACUGGGAAGUAGAAGUGAAAGACAAGCCUGAAUGGAUUCUUGGUGUCUGUAAUGACUCUCUUCCCAGAAGGAGGAAGAGUCAACCAAUUUUAGUACAGGAUGGAUUAUGGGGAAUUUGGCGAUCUAGUCAGAAUAAUUACAUUGUAUUGGGCCAUAAGGAAAUUAUUCUGCUGCCACAAGUAAUACCUAGUAAGAUUGGCAUUUUUUUAGACUAUGAAAUGAAUGAAGUUUCCCUUUAUAAUUUGAAUGAUAAAUCUCUUCUCUAUACUUUUAAUGAUAAUUUUACAGGAGCACUUUGGCCUUAUUUUUUUACUGGAACUGACUCAAAACCUCUUAAAAUUUCUACAGUAACAGAUUCUGAAUGA